GCCAUUUUUCGGUCUCGUACUUGCACUAUCAGUGGCUCGGGAGCUGGGGGGCCGAGCAGAAACAAGGGAAAGUAAAAAAGACGAGGAAAAAAAGAGAAAUACACCUCGGUGAGUUUGGAUUCCACGUGAGCGGACAGUAACGCCGCCGGACGAUGCCGUAGCGGCUCCUCAGAUGCACGCAGGGGGAGACGAGCCGCUGUUGUGAAUUCAUUUCUUGUGUGAAGACGUGUUGCGGGCCGCCAUUUUUCGCCGUACUGCCUCAAAAGUCUGCUCCGAGUCGAGAGAGGGGAUUCAAAAGAGGCUUUUCCAUGACGCGCGCGCCGCUGCCAGAUCAAGACGAUACAAAGUAACGAAUUCGUUUCCGAUCCGCGCGCGUCGGCCUCGAAGAUAUGCGGAUCCAUCCGAGACACUGAGGCCACCCUUUUUCCGCUCUCUAAAAACUGUCAGUGACUGGAGGCUGAUCAACUGCGCUGGUAGAGAGAAGCUCGGCUUUUUCGGAAGAAGGAACGAAAAGGGGAAGCUUCAUUGAUCAUUUGUUGCUGCGGCCUCCCUCGAUGUAUAUGUUGCUUCCAUUUUUUUUUUUUUUUUUUGGAGGGGGUGCUGCUGCUCAAACAAUCACUUUCCCGUUGACUGCUGAACAGAGGACCCACAUUAUGUUCCAAAGUUGGAUCCAGCCAGUCGCAGCCUGUCUCUGAAACAUCAGGUUGUUUUUUUUUUCUUUUUUGUGUAUGUGUGUAUGUGUGUGUGUGUGUGUACUGGAGGUCUCUAGAGCCUGCGGCGUUUUUGGGUAGAAAUCACUCAAAAACCUCGCAGGGGUUGACGAAUGCCCUGCCCUGCAUCUUCAAAAACCCACCGAUUUGUUGUGAUCGGGUAAGCCAAGUUACCACACGGACGAUUUAAUUUAUUGUUUAGCCUGUUUUUUGCAAUUUUUUGUAGUCUUUUAUUAAUUUAUUUUUGGACAACAGCAACAGAAAAAAAAAUGUCAACUGCACGGUUUGAUUCGUCUGAUCGGUCCGCCUGGUAUUUCGGACCCGUGUCGCGACAAGAGGCGCAGAAUAGACUACAAGGACAGAGACACGGCACGUUUCUGGUUCGAGACUCGUCCACUUGCCCCGGCGACUACGUGCUGUCCGUGUCGGAGAACUCCAAAGUGUCCCACUAUAUCAUCAACUCCUUGCCCAGUAAGAGGUUCAAGAUAGGCGACCAGGAGUUUGAGCACCUCCCUGCCCUCCUGGAGUUCUACAAAAUCCACUACCUGGACACGACCACACUGAUAGAGCCAGCCCCCAGGCACGUAAGCACAGUGACCGGCCCCAUCCAGCCCAUAGGCGGCCCAGAUGAGAACCUGGAGUACGUGCGGACUCUGUACGACUUCACCGGCAGCGACGCAGAGGACCUUCCUUUCAAGAAGGGGGAGAUCCUGAUCAUCCUGGAGAAGCCGGAGGAGCAGUGGUGGAGCGCCAAGAGCAAAGAGGGACGCGUCGGGAUGAUCCCCGUGCCCUACGUGGAGAAGUUGGUGCGACCUUCCCCUCACCCCGGCCAGCCCGCCCACGGCUCCCGCAACUCCAACAGCUACGGGAUCCCCGAGCCCGCCCACGUCCACGCCUACGCCCAGCCCCAGACGCCCUCGCCGUUGCCUCCCGGCACUCCCGGAGCAGUCAUCACCCCUCUACCGUCCAUGCAGAACGGCCCCGUCAUGGCCAAGGCCAUCCAGAAACGAGUGCCAUGUGCCUAUGACAAAACAGCUCUUGCUCUAGAGGUCGGCGACAUCGUCAUGGUGACGCGGAUGAACAUCAGCGGCCAGUGGGAGGGGGAGGUGAACGGGCGGAGGGGCCUCUUCCCGUUCACCCACGUCAAAAUAAUGGACCCCCAGAAUCCGGACGAGAGUGACUGACCUAAGAGUCGGAGCGGAGCCUCUCCCCACUAUCGACCUACACCCGAACCCCGCUGGCCGUCUCCACCCUCCCCGCCAGUGUUACCACGGUUACGCGCUUGCCUGCUUGGGGCUGCACCACGAUAGCUCUGUUGUUGCCGACCGACGCGAGGCUUUCUGACUGUUUACAGCUUUGGAUUCCCGACUAAAACCCCGACCCCACCACAAGUUCCUCUAUCCCAAGUCUUGGUUGUAGGCUGGGCGACGUUUGGUGUCCUUUUUCAUUUCCACAUCCUUUGGGCAUCCCUGUGUUUGUAUGCGUGCGUGCGUGUGUGUGUGUGUGUGUGUGUGUGCGUGUGUGUGGAUAUUUACAUUACACCACAUCUGAUCUAUUGAUUAUUUUGUGUCUCCAAGUGUUUGAUAAUGUUUGAGUUCUUUUUUUGGAUUUUUGAAAGCAUCAGUGUGUGUGUGCGUGCGUGCGCGUGUGUGUGUGUGUUUUGCAUUGUUGAGGACAUUUGUACGAAAUAGGGAAAUGCCGAGAAUCCCUACGGACUGAGGCGAGAGCACUGAGGCAUUGAGGAGCUGAGCAGCCAGUUAAACGUCAUUUCUCCAAACAAUCAAGUCACUGUUGUACCUUAACCAUCACCACGAGCGCACACACACACACACACACACACGCAGGUUUAUUUGCCACGAGUUAUUCAGGUCGACAGGUUUUUGAUAUAUAUAUAUAUAUUACAAGUGUGUGUGAUGUGUGUGUCCUGACUGACAGAAAGAGACUGGAGAGGGACAGGCUUGACACGACUCUGGCUGACAGGAUUCCUCGUAUUUAACUGUUUUCUCAAGGCGUGUGAAAAAAGCCGUAUGUGAUUUCAUCUCUUAUUAUUUGUGCCAUAUGAUCCGCAGUACGAUUGACGUGUUUUAUUUUAAGACGUGGAGCAGAUGAGUGCGGUUGUGUGUGUGUGUCCACCAGGUACAUCUCUUUCCAGUCCUGGCUUGUGUUUCCACAUUAUUUUCCAAUCGAAAGGACAGCGCUUAGAGAUCCGUAGGUUUUUUUUUCUUUUUUGUUUGUUUGUUUUUUUUUCCAGCGCUCCAGAAGCACCAAGCACUAGACUCAAUAAAAACCUAAAAAAUCUUGUUUUGCAAAGGAAUGCCAAGCUUGGAACAGGUUUUCAAAAGUCCAAAUCGCAGAGUUAAAAAAAAAAAAAAAAAAAGGCAGUAGCCCCAACCAGCACUUGCCACACAAACAUCCGAUUAGCGCUGCUAGCUGGAAGAAAUAAAAAAAUAAAAAUAAAAAAUGGAAAAAAAAAAAAAACAACGUGCCCGUGAGGUACAAGGGCUUUUCACCGACGUGGACGCACGCCACGUCUGAUGGUAUAGGUCGGGGUGGGGGGGUGGGGGGAGGAAAGGAGGGCAAAAUUUUCUCAGCAAGCCAAUGAGAUCCCGUCAAUGCCUUUUUUCGGAGAGUAAGAGAAGAGAAAUGCAACUUUUUAGCACAUGCAAUCCCCUCGCUGAACCUUUUCGUUUUUAAUGUGACGUUCCCUCCCGUCUCUUUAGACUUCAGCCGCCUUUAAAUUCCUGAAAUGUUGGGUCUGUGCAAGGUUUUUCCCUGUUGUUUUUUUUUUUUUUUUUUUUGGUUUAUUUUUUAAUGCAAGCAGAUCCAAAUAGAGUAGUGGAAACUCCUGGCUCACACGAGGCUGAAAUCAGUCACAUUACUCGAUCAGUAGGAGCUGAGGAUGAAACUUUUGUGCAAACAGUGCUGACCCCGAGAUUUCUGCUGUAAAGACGAACCCCAACCCCCUAACCCCCCCACCCCCACCCCGCCCCCCCCAUGUUGUCUCCACCUUUAGUGCUUUUCCCCUCAGAUCCCCGCUCAGCCUUCCACUCAGUAGUUACAUCAUCGUUCAACUUUCAGUCGUAUCCCAGUCCUUUUUUAUUUCGUUCUUGUUUCUGUAGUCAGCUGUUGAAUCAAGCUUUUUUUUUUUUUUUUUUUUUUUGUUAAAUGAACUGUUGAAUUAAAAAAAAAAGAAAAAAGAACUUUGACCGAAGGUGACUUUUUCAAAAGGGAAAAAAAAUGCCUGCUGGUUGCCUCUGUGCAUGACCUCUUGGCCAGGAGGUGAUUUUUUUUUUUUUUUUUUUUUUUUUUUUUUUCCUGGCCAAAUGCUGCUUUAUGUCAUUUCUUAUGUCCCGAUUAAAUAAUUAAAAAAUAAAAAAAAAAAAAGAAAAGAAAAAAGUUUGACUUAUUUUAAUGCCGCCUGGUCUGGAAAUCAAACCAAUGUGUGGUUUUCCUCGUCAGCCUUCAUGAAACCUACUAAUUAAAGCAAUACACCCAGACGAUUUCUUUCUCGAGGUGAACUUGCUUUCCGUCAUGCUUCAGAUUUGAUUUGUAAAGGCAUUAACAGUAUUACUGUGCUCUUUUUUUCUCAUAUUCUAGGAAAGCCUCUGUUGUCUUUUACUUAAAAAUGGAAAAAAUUGUGCCUUUUAUUUUCUUAUACCAUUUACAUGUGUUAAUAUUUCCCAUGGUUAACACCCGUGCUGGUAUGGACCCUUUAUGUACAGAACAAGUAAAUAAAAUUUACGUCUACUUCUUUAA